GACCAGAAGCAGUGCCCUUUGAGCAAGUUGUUGAUUGACAGACAGAGCUCAUUGAUUACACACACAACCUGAGACUAGUACGCUACUACUACAGUAUUAUGGUAGGGAGCCGAUUAGCCUGGACAGGUAACACAGUUAAAUCUGAGCAGGUAAACUGAGCAGGUAAAGCAGCAAAACCUCAGCACGUGAAAGUCAUGAAGUUGUGUGGUGACACUGGUGACUAUCUCUUUGGAUCUGUGAGAAUGGAGGCUUUGAAGAGGUGGAGGGCAGGAUGGGGCUAUCCCACCACUCUGCUGUGCAUCUAUGGGUUUUUCAGUACUGUGAAACCUAUAGAACCUUUCCUCAUACCUUACCUGACAGGUCCAGACAAAAACCUGACAGUGGAAAAGGUGACCAAUGAGAUUUUCCCUGUGUGGACGUACUCCUACCUGGCUGUGCUGGUGCCCGUCUUCCUGCUCACCGAUUGGCUGCGCUACAAGCCCGUCGUGGUGUUCCAGUGCAUCAACCUCUUUGUUACCACAGCAAUGCUGCUCUGGCUGCAGGGAGUGGCAGCCAUGCAGGCAAUGCAGUUUGCCUACGCCGUGGUGACAGCCAGCGAGGUGGCCUACUUUUCAUACAUAUACAGCAUAGUGGAGCUGAAACACUACCGAAAGGCUACAUCCUACUGCCGUAGUGUACAGCUGCUAGGCUACACGGUGGGCUCUGUGCUGGGACAGCUGCUGGUCAGUUUCAACCUCAUGUCCUACAACAACAACCUGGUACUUACCCUGGUGUUGAUCUCCAUCGCCCUGGUGACUUCCCUCUUCCUGCCCAUGCCACAGAGAAGCAUGUUCUUCCAUCGGAGUCAGGAGAGGCAUGAAACUGGAAAUGUAGAAGAAAUGGAAGCCCAAGAACUACCAGAGGCCCUAGGAAGAGAGGACAUGUGUGCAGGUGAUGGGGAAAUGGCAGAGUCCCCUGAGGAGCCAGUGAGAACUAGGAGCUGCAGCCAGGUUCUUAUCCAGCUGUGGAGAGACUUCCUUCAGUGUUACUCUACCAGGGAGCUGCUGUACUGGUCAGUGUGGUGGGCACUUGCCACCUGUGGCUAUAACCAGACAAUCAACUAUGUUCAGGUUCUGUGGCAGCACGUAGAGCCAUCCCAGAACUUCACAGUCUACAAUGGAGGGGUGGAAGCUGUGUCCAACCUAUUUGGAGCAGCGACGGCCUAUGGUAUUGGUUUCACCCAGGUGGAUUGGGCCCAGUGGGGAGAGUUGGCUCUGGGUUCAUUCUCUGGCCUGGGAGCUGCAGCCCUUUUCACAAUGACUUUCACAGCCAACAUCUGGGCCUGCUACGCUGGCUACAUUGUCUUCAAGUGCCUCUACAUGCUGCUUAUCACCAUAGCCAUGUUCCAAAUUGCUACUGAGCUCUCUAUGGAGAGAUAUGCACUGAUCUUCGGAGCAAACAACUUUGGGGCUUUGGUCCUUCAGACUAUCAUCACAUCUGUUGUGGUGGAUGGCAGGGGGCUUGGCUUGGGCAUCAUCCCACAGUUCAUCAUUUAUGGAAGCUACUUCUCAGCCAUCGCUGUCAUUUUCUUUCUGAGGGGUGUGUACACGAUAAUGAGAAUGCGGCAAAGCCACAGAGACUCCGCCACUGCAGAGGAGCAGCCUCCAAGUCUGAAAGAUAGUGACACUUGCCCUGAACAAAGACUCUGAGCAGAAGAAACUGACCACUGGGCCCUGGGUCGUGUUCGGUAGGCACAGAAUGGGAGAAAACGUUUUGAAAUGGGGAGUUUCUACCUGAAUGUGUCCAAAAAUUAAGCACAUUUUUGUUUUCUAUUGCAAAACUUUUUGGUACAUUGUGCCCUACUGAAUUAGACACCGAUGACAUUCCAGUCUGUUUGGUUGAUAUUUUUUACACAGUCUAUGGUUUAUUCCAGAAGAAAUACUCCUGAGCAAGAUCUCCACAUUCAGACUGCAACAUCAUCUAUAUAUACACACACACAAAAUAUUUAAAUAUGAAAAUGGAGAUGUACAGUGCAGCAAUACAAAGGCAUGGUUUGGUCAUUCUUUUUAGUUAAAAUUCAUUUUAAUACAUUUAUAUAUACAUACAU